UUCACUGUUCCGCCCGGGUUUCCUUUAUGAUCGCAGGAUCUCCCGUAUCUUACAGCAAACUUCACCUGACCGCUGGUGUAGCCGUACACUCAACCUCGCUCUCUCUCUCUCGCUCGCUCUCCCCAACACGACGCACUCUGCACCGAGCACUCCAGUCACUUGGAAGUUGGCGGUGCGAGGAGUCUGACAUUUACGCGCGGGGAUCUCUACUUAAAAAUAAGAAGAAGUGCACUUGUUUUGCGGGGAUAGUUGCCAUAUCCACCGUAGCUGCCUACCUACUUCAGUUUAGCGCCUUCUGCGUCGCGAGCCCGUCCUUCACAGCAGCCAUGUCCGAGGUUCUGCCGUACGGAGAGGGGAAAAUGAACGGAUACGGAGCGGACAACGAUGUCAGUCAGAUGUCCUUCAGCUGCGGGCUGCAGGACACCAACUCGUUCUUCGGAGCGUCGCAAGCGAAAAGACCUCCAAAACUUGGACAGAUCGGCAGAGCGAAGAGAGUGGUCAUCGAGGACGACCGAAUAGACGAGGUCCUGAAAGGCAUGACCGACAAAUCAUCACCAGGCGUUUAAACCCGCGCGAUGCCUUGCAGACAUUUCAAUUUUUUAUCACCGAUUCGAAGCACUUGUCGGUCGUGCAUGUGAAGAAGAUUGCAAAGAGAUGGAAGGACGGUGGCACGACGCUCGAACCACGAGGAGGCUAAAAACAAAAAGGGAAAACGAGAAUGAAAGAAGGGAGAGAAGGAAUUUCCUUUGGGGUUUGCUGGCAAUUCUCCUAUACAAACGACACCCGAAUGAAAGCUUUGAGGAAGAUGUCGGAGGCGCUGUUGUGGCUGCGCGCGCUGCGGCUCUGUGAAUAAAGAUGGAUGGACUUGUCAUUAUUGUUCCACGACCAUCAUCUUCCAAAAGCGCUGUAAGCAACACAAAGUUCAACCGAAGACUGAACCGCAUCUUACACUCUGUUACUAUAGCUGUACAGUAUCUUUGCUCAAUGACCUUCCCCUUCACACACACAUACAGGAAUCUGCCUUGAGCGUCGACUUCAAUCCGACUGCUGCUUUUAGAGACAAUGUAGACUUCACACACAAAUAUAUUGAGCUCCCAUUAUGAUAAUUGAACUAUAUGUAGGCUAAGGAUGGUGCAAUGUGAAUAUUUUCUUUGACUAUAUUUUGCAUCAUGUUCUUUUUCAGAAAUUGAGAAUAUUAUCACACACAUGCCCACAGGUGUUGAAGCGUAAGGGUCGUUUGCUGAUCUAUUGUUUUGCCCUUCACUGCAGCUGAUUUGCGCACCUGCGCCACGGAUUCACAUCAUCAGUACAGCACAGAGGAACAUUGUGCAUUACCACCUCGUGUAAUUAAACCAACAUGAAUGCAUCUUGGUUUCUUCCAAACCCUUUUAUGUUUUCUUCAUCGGCUCCUCAUUUCUUUUGUCGUGUCCAUCUCUUUGCAUGAACUUUCACUUUGGUGCCAACAGAGGUGCCACCAUGAAUUGUAUACCCUGGCACGCUUCUUUUAAAAAAAAGUCAUAUUUGUAUUUUUAUAUCUAAAUAUUUGUUAUUUAAAAUGAUAUGCUAGUAUGUCGUCUUAAAGAUUCAUCAACAAGGAUGUUUAUAUUUCAGAGAAAAAAAUCUUUAGACAGGGGCGAGAGGAUAAUUCAGGUUGGUUGGGAUGUUGUUUUUUUUAAAGACUUGAUGAAUGAAUGUUUCUCUGGUUUUUUGCACACCUACACAUCUGUGUUGAACUACUGUUAUAUGGAAAUCGUAAACUGUGACUUGAGCUUUGUUGAAUUUGUUAGAAAAAUGGCGAUAUUAGAGAUACUGCGCUGUUUACGAAUAUCUUCAAAUAACUUGUCACUUGACAGGUUUUUGGACACUAUGUUUCUUUUGUUGAUUUUAUUUUAUUUAUUUAUUUUGCUUUGUUUUGUACCAUUAUUCUAAGGAAACUGGUUUGUUAUGCAUGAAACCUUAAUACUUUUCAAUAAUGGAACAUCAUUUUACUAAGCAAAAAAGCGACAAAAAAUGUCAUGACAUUCUAAGAAUGAAUCAUUGCAUAUUAAAAUACCAUUUUCACUGUAUUUGGUGAACUAAUAAAUGGUGGAAGAACAUACAUA